AUGGAGGAGACCACUGACGUCGUCAAACGGAAGAUGACUCCUUCAGUUCCGGCUAAUUACGUAAGCAUCCUUCAGCUCCGGGAGCGAUGGAUCAAAGAGAAAGAGCGGGAGCGAAAGGAAGAAGAAGAAGAAGGAAAAGAUGAAGAGAGACGACGUAAUCAACACGCUGAAGAACAGGAAACGAUAGGAGACGAUCCGAAGAAACCAGUGGAGGAUCUCGAUGAGAUGCGAUUGAAUCAAAGCGAUCAGAAGCAUUGGGGCAGGACCAGUAAGAAAGACGAAUCUAUCGACGGCGGAGAAGCAAGGCGAGGUGAGGAGGAGGAAACGGCGGCGAUCGGGAGCGAGAGUGGUGAAGACGAGGGAUUACGGGAGAAGGAGAAGAAGAGGGGACGUAGGAAACGAUAUGGUAGGAAGAAGAAGAUAACAAAUCAAGAGGUCGAGGAUUGUGGAUCAAUCAAGCCGCCAGCUGAGAUGCACACUCCGGUGAAAGAUCAGAUUCGAGUUUAUAAGAAGAAAGGAGAAAAUGCUAUGGAAAAGCAAAGAGCUGGAUCUCGUGAGAAAGCUGUGACGGCCAUAGAAACUCAACUUGAGCAUCUUUCUAUCAAAAGAGUCGAAGUAAACAAACAUCAAAGCGAUCACAAGCAUUGGGGCAUGAACAGUAAGAAAGACGAAUCUACUGAAGACGGAGAAGCAGGGUGGGGUGAAGACGAGGAAACGGCGGCGAUCGGGAGUGAGAGAGGUGAAGACGAGGGAUCAGUGGAGAAGAAGAGGAGGGGACGUAGGAAACGAUUUGGUAGGAAGAAGAAGAUAACAAAUCAAGAGGUCGAAGAGUGUAAGCCGCCUGAGUACACCGUUAAGGAGAGUAAUACUCUGAAAGAUCAGAUUCGAGUUUAUAGGAGGAAAGAAGAAAAAGCUAUGGGAAACACAAGUAUUGAGAAAGCUGUGCCGGCCAUAGAAACACAUUUUGAGCAUCUUUCUAUCAAAAGAGGCCAAGAAACCAAACAUCUCAAGGCACAAACGAGGAGUCAUCAUGAUUUGCCUCUUGGACGUGUCCGAAUGCCGAUUGAGACUGCUACAAUGGUGUGGGUGAAGAAAGGUAAAAACGAGAGAGCCAGUGAUGGAAAUGGAAGUGGCGUGAAGCCAUUAACUGCUUAA